GUCCAACUAUCCGAAAUAAGAACCCAAGUGGCUAGAAACUUUUUACACUUAUCCCUUCCUAAAGGGAUUUUAUAUUGUCGAUUUUUAACCAUGGAUGCUCCACGGGAAAGUGGGUUUAUAAAUUCGCACCCUUCGUUGGAGGAAUUCAUGGGUUGUCUACCUAUCAGUGGAGACUUUCUCAACCCAUCAAUCACCGACAGGACGGCUGAGGACGGGGAGACGUGGCCUGCUCUCCACCCUACAACUUGCCUCCAGCUGAACUCUGACCUCUCGCCAACUCAGCCCGCCAACAUCGCAGACUUUCCUUGGGUGAAACUCAAAAAAUCCACCCGAACACGCUCUCCUGUCGACAACAUUGAAGAAGCAGACGAUUUAAUCGCACCCACCGACCAUGUGACUAGUUCACGUCGACUGCGCACAGUUUUCACCAAUACUCAACUUCUGGAGUUAGAAAAAGAGUUCCACUACAACAGAUAUGUGUGUAAACCACGGCGGAAGGAGAUCGCCAACUUUUUGGAGUUAAACGAACGUCAGGUGAAAAUUUGGUUCCAGAAUCGACGAAUGAGACAAAAGAGGAGGGAUACGAAGGGCCGGAGUGAGGCGGUGCAGGGAGCGGGGGCUACCGCUGAGCCGGCAGAUGGUGACCGGGCGGAGACAGGUUCCCCAGACGGGGGUACAGUAGCCUGUCCCCGGCCCCAGGGGUGACCAGGCCCCGGUGGACUAAGACGGGCAGCAAACCAGAUGGACGGAGUGGACUGACCACUAUACACGACCAGAAUGAAGAGUCAACUUUUGUAGAGAGAUAUUAAAUACACGUACCUACAUUGGCAAAGUUCUCUUAUUCACAGAAAUUGGACAAAAAUGUUUUAAAAAACUGUUGAGCGGUACAGGUUACGGCAGAAAUAUGUAAAUUGUGCAUAUAAAUAUUAUUAUAGAUUUUGUAUAAUAGCCUCGCUUUGCAUUUAGUUCACUUUCAGAAGCCAUAGUAUCCGAUCGCUUAGUAUUCGUGACUAUUUUUAAGCCUUUUAUAAACAUUAAAUAUUGUACAUUUUUUUCGAAGACUCUAGACAUAGGUAAGAUAAUCAGAGAAUAAUUUUGUAUCAGGCAUACGUAGCAUGUAUAGACUAGAACAGUUAUGUCGUAUAGUAUGUUCAACGUUUUAAAACUCUCCAAAGUUUAAGGGUUCUCUUUAUGAAUUAUCGUGUAUAAGUGGUAAAACACUAUAAUAUUUUUUCUUGCCAUGUAUGAGUGAUAUACUAUACUUGUCAAUGAUAAGAAACAAUAUAACUGUAUUUAAUUUUAA